AUGGAUGCCCCGGCUUUGAGAUGUGAACGCUGCUCGAUGAUGUUCUCGCGGCCCGCACAUUUAUGGAGACAUAAAUUUACUCGUAAGCAACAUGCACGUCCUUUUUGGGGCCUACGAUUGGACACUGAUCAGACCGUAGAUUCCCCAACCCAUGAGUUUCAAUGCUCGUUCUGUCUUACGACACUUACUCGCAGGCAUGUUGCCCUAGUCCGGCUUUCAGACAGCUUGCGAAAACACUUGAGGUCAUGUUUGCUUCGAAAGGUAACCGGAGAGCCUAUGCCCGAUCCCGAGUCGCGCGGAAGAAAGCGGCGCGCAUGUUACAACUGCUCCUCUAGCAAGAGGGCGUGCAGUUUCGACGCCCCGUGCAAGACGUGCGUCCGCAAAGGACUUUCCUGCUCAUAUCCUGAACCGACAUCUAAUCUGAAUGCAAACCUGAGUCGUGAUUGCAGGGACCUCUGGGGAGGCACAGAUGAAUUGCCUGAAUCUGCAGAGGAGAGCUUAGACGCGGGCCGUGCUGUAUCACGGAUGGCAGAAGAAGAUCCCGAUUUGCAUGCCUGCCAUGCUUCUGCCGCAGAGGUCGGCACGAGUGACCAAACCGGCACGCAAACGAAUGCCCCAUCAGCUCUGACGCCGCUAUCCUGGCCAGUUUCCUUUCAAAGAGAUCACCAGCUGGACUCUCCCGGUUCUUAUCCACAGGUGUUAAACUACAUCGUAGGAAGCUGUUACUUAGAGAACGAAAGGUUCGAGUUCCUCAUGAACUUUGAUACCGGAGCUGGGAUCCGCCGGGUCUUCAAUUUCGUGACUUCUGUCGAGGUCAGCUGUUCGAUAUUCGAUCUUGAUGUGGCAUUUCAACCGGCCGACUCGGAGCGGCAUGAUGUCUCCAAUGUGUGUGGGCAGGGUCCAGUAGACCCUGUAGACCUUGUCCAAUCGGUAGAAUGGCUAUAUGAUCCCCUCUUACCCCAGUCGAAGGCCGUAUGGGAGAAGCUUCUUGGUAUAUCUCAGAUAGGUUCUACGGGGCCCGUAUUCACCAACCGAAGCGAGGCAGACGAGUGCAUCAAGUUGUUUAACCCUAAAAGCCUACGUAUACUCUUGAGCGAAUACUGGAACAGCUGGCACCAUCACUGUCCUAUAAUCCACCGUCCAAGCUUGGACCUCCUCGACAUUCCGGUAGAGAUGAUGAUUGCUAUGUGCCUUCUCGGGGCAUGCUCAUCUCCCGAGGGCGGAGAUGCUAUCAAAGCACAGAAGUGGUUAGAUGCAACCGAGACCCUGGUAUUUUCAAUCCCGUGGCUCUCUAGGACCGAAGUCAAAGGUAUAUCUGAGCCAACUGAGACACGCCUCACCAAAGUGCGGUUGCUGCAGACAGCCCUUCUGGUAUGCGUACUUCAAACCUGGGAGGGCACUGAGUCGGCACGGUUAAGAGUCAGAGAACUUCGUUAUCCAUUUCUCGUUCAGGCGUCCCGUGAGCUACGAACUGUCGGCUUAGAUCUAGAGAAUAGUCCGGAGAUCUUCGAGACACAGUUUGACUGGGAGGAGUUCAUAAUCGAAGAGCAGCUAACACGGGUCAAGACUUUUAUUUUCCUUCUCGACACCGCUUUCACCAUCUUUCACAGUACCCCUCCCCGUGUCACAAUUCCGGACCUAAAGUUCCCCUUUCCUUGUCCUGAUAUCUACUUCCAUGUUGAUGACAAGGAGCAUUUGCUUGCCGCUAUUCGGAAUAAUAACCAAGAUUUCUACGGAUGUAGACGUACAUUGAUUUCACAGGCUGUACAAACCCUAUGUGAGGGUUCAUCACGCACAAGUAUCCCGCCACGUCAAAUGAAAGGACUGGAUGGCUUCAUCCUAAUAUCAGCGCUGCAUUCAGUGAUAUUCCAACACGAAGUUUCUUCCUUACUAUCGCAAAGUGUAAGCUCAUCCAUUGCUCAAGCCUUGGAGAAGUGGCUCCAAAUGUGGGAGCACGACAUGUCGCAUCAAGAAUCGCACCUCGUGUCUCGCUCGACGCUUUUACCACACGGAGCCGCCAUGGCAACCGGAUUCACUCGGCAUUCUUAUGAGUAUUUUAGCCUCGCCUUGGUUAAGUUGAAUAGACUACAUGAUCUUCAAGGUAGGGAACAAACUGGACCCUUGAACGAUUUCGGCGAGGGAAACGUGAAGCGUUUAAUCAGCAGCGCU